AUGUUAGUUUAUGUUGAAGACAUUGUUAUUGUUGGUUCCUCGCAGCAUGUUGUUGACAAGUUAAUUCAUGCUCUUUCCUCUUCUUUCCCCAUUAAGGACCUUGGUCGGAUUAAAUACUUUUUGGGGAUUGAAGUGGUUCACAAUUCAGGGGGAAUCAUCUUAAUGCAGCACAAAUACGCUUCCGAUUUGCUUAGUCGUGCUAUUAUGGAGAAUUGUAAGAGUGUUUCAACCCCAAUGCUAGUCACAGAAAAGCUUGCUCAGAAUUUUGGAACACCUCUUAAUGAUGAAGAAACUUUCAAAUAUAGGAGUAUGGUGGGCGGUUUACAGUAUCUUACACUAACAAGACCGGAUAUUGCAUUCCCUAUUAAUAAGGGGUGUCAAUACCUUUCCAAACCUACCAAUGUUCAUUGGGAAGCUGUAAAGAGAAUAUUGCGCUAUGUCAAAGGCACAAUAUCUACAGGACUUUGUAUACGCAAAUCACCCUCCAGAUUGUUGAGUGUAUUUACUGAUACAAAUUGGGCAGGAUGCUUAGAUUAUCGAAGGUUUACUGGAGGAUUUGCAGUGUCUUUAGGCCAUAAUCUAAUUUCAUGGAGUGUAAGAAAACAUCCUAUGGUGUCUCAAUCAAGUACAGAGGCAGAAUACAAGGCCUUGGCAAAUGGUACGGCAGAAGUAAUCUGGAUACAAUCUUUAUUAAAGGAUUUGGGCAUUCAGCAAGAUCGAGCUCCUGUGCUAUGGUGUGAUAAUCUAGGGGCAACUUACUUAACAGCAAAUCCAGUUUUCCAUGCUCGCACGAAGCAUAUAGGAGUUGAUUUUCAUUUCGUUAGAGAGAAUGUAGCAAUGGGAGCAUUGGAUGUUCGGUUUAUAUCUUCAAAUGAUCAAGUUGCAGAUGGACUUACAAAGCCUACAACUCGAAGUAUGUUAGCUGAAUUGGAACACAAUCUGAACCUAGUAACAGUUAAGAUUGAGGGGGAAUGUAAACAAGAUAGGAAACGAUAG